AUGUUCACCUUCACUUUACGACUCUUUUCGUUGCUCCUCAUCUCCACCACCACCUCCACCGCCACUGCUCAACCAUACAAAGCCACAGACCACUUCCUCCUAGACUGUGGUGCAUCCUCCACCACCACCAGUUUUUCACGGCGAUGGAGUGGCGAUGAACAUUCUGAAUUCCUACCUUUCAACAGCCACGUCACAUCCUUUUUAUCCACCCCCACCGCCCAAUAUCCUCCACCACCAGAAACCCUUUACACCACCAGUCGUAUCUUCAACACUUCUUCAUUCACCUAUAAGUUUCCCGUGUCCCAAGGCCCCAAAUUCCUCCGCCUCCAUUUCUAUCCCGCCACCUACUCCGACCUCAAAGCAAACCAAUCUUUCUUCUCUGUAUCAUCCAAUGGCUACUCUCUGUUGACCAACUUCAGCGCUUCACGAACCUCCUGCUUUCUCUCUCAACCACGUCCGAAACUUUCUAGCUUUUUCAAAGAAUUUAUCAUCUAUGUAAAAGAUACCCAAAUCCUAAACGUUACCUUUACACCCUCACCCAACUCGUAUGCAUUCAUCAAUGGUAUUGAAAUCGUUUCUAUGCCGGAAAAUCUGCAUUUUAAGGCAGAAAAAUAUAAAUACCUUGAUCAAAUUUCAGGACCCGUUGUUGAUAACUACACAGCUCUUGAAACUAUUUAUCGGGUCAACGUCGGUGGGGGACAAAUAUCAAGUAAGGAUGAUACCGGCAUGUAUCGAUCAUGGGAUGGAGAUGACAAUUACAUAUUCGGAGCUGCGUUUGGAUUAACUUGGGUUAUGGAUAGUCCAAUCGUGUACACCACAAACACACCCAAUUAUACAGCACCUGAGAUAGUUUAUCAAACCCAAAGGAGUAUGGGCUACCUAUCUCAGCACUACAACCUAACAUGGGCGCUUCCGGUUGAUUCUGGGUUCUAUUACUUGCUCAGGCUCCAUUUUUGCAACAUUAUACCAGAAUAUACGAAAAAUUUUCAGAUGGUGUUUAAGAUCUUCAUUAAUAAUCAAACUGCUGAGCAUGACGCUGAUCCAUUCUUUUGGACUCAAGGUAGCGGGUGUCCGGUAUACAAGGAUUACGGUGUGUAUGUAGCAGACCCAGAUGGCAAACGAAGCAAGCAAGAUUUGUGGCUCGCAUUGCAUCCUAAUUAUGCAGAAUCUGAGAAAUACAAUGAUGGUUAUUUAAAUGGUUUGGAAGUCUUCAAGUUGAACAUGACUGGUAAUCUUUCUAGCCCCAAUCCAGAACAUAGUUGUAGCACCCCAGCAGCAAGGGUGACAUAUCCUAUAAAAGAGAAGAAGAAGAAAGCUCCAUAUGUCGUGAUACUUGGAAGUGUUGGGGGAGGAUUGGUCAUGUUGUGUGUUCUAGUUCUUAUGGUCUUAUGUUAUCGAAGGCGAGUGAUGGAAAAAUCAUCAUGGGGACGAACUUCCAGUGAAUCAAAGUCUCCAAAGUAUUUCAGCGCAUUACUUCCAUCAGAUCGCUGCCAUCGUUAUACACUCAAAGAGUUGAAAUUUGCUACAGAUGAAUUUAAUGAAAAUUGUGUCAUAGGCAACGGAGGGUUUGGAAAAGUAUAUAAAGGGUAUAUGGAGAAGACUAGAGACACUGUAGCAAUCAAACGGCUCAACAAAUCAUCCAGUCAAGGUUUUCAUGAAUUCCAAACAGAAAUAGCGAUGUUGUCUAAACUACGACAUGUCCAUCUAGUAUCCUUGAUUGGGUACUGUGAUGAGAAUGGAGAGAUGAUACUGGUGUAUGAGUACAUGGCUCAGGGUACUCUACAGGAACAUAUUUACAACACAAACAACCCUCCUUUGUCAUGGAAAACACGUCUUAGUAUUUGCAUUGGCGCAGCUAAAGGGUUGCAUUAUCUCCACACAUGUGGAAAGCGAAGAAUAAUUCACAGGGAUGUCAAGUCUACGAAUAUUUUACUGGAUGAAAAAUGGGUAGCUAAGUUGUCUGAUUUUGGUUUGUCAAAACUCGGGUCUAAAGAUCCUUUGAAGACACAUGUUAGCACAUUGGUGAAGGGUAGUCUUGGGUAUAUAGAUCCCGAAUAUUGCAAAACCAAACAACUUACGGACAAGUCUGAUGUGUACUCUUUUGGAGUGGUUUUGCUUGAAGUGUUGUGUUCAAGACCUAUUAUACUUCGACGACUGAGUGACGAACAAGUGAGCUUGGUAACAUGGGGCAAGUCUUGCUAUCGAAGGGGAACCUUGCAUGAAAUAAUUGAUCCAAAGGUAAGUGGUGAGAUUGCACCGGAGUGUUUACGGAAGUUUGGUGAUGUCGCAAACAGUUGCUUGCAUGAGGAAGGUUCUGAACGACCCACUAUGGAGGAUGUCGUAUGGGGACUAGAAUUUGCAUUGCAACUACAACACAUUGCUAAUGAGUCCAUGCCUGAAAAUCAAUAA